AUGAGUCAGUUUCUGGAAGAGCAAUGUAAUGAUGUCGGUUGGAGUUACAGUGGAGCAGAUACACCAAACACAAUGCAUAUUGGAUUAAAUUUUACCACUCAUAAUCGAAACACGGCUUUAGUAUUAUCAUGUAUUGAAACGAUUACUGGACAUGUACCACUGAUACCUCCGCCAUGUCCAAAUUCCGGGGUUCGACGAAAUUCAACAAAGUAUCAUCUGCGUUGUCCUACUGGGUGGGGUGCUAACAACCGGUUAAAAUGUGGUAUGUCAACGUAUAUGAAAGUAUUGUAUAAUAUAGUAAUACAUAUUUUACAUUGUUGCAUAAUUUUCUUUAGUUCAUGGGAGAGAAGAGAAAACGUUUAAAAAAUUUCAUUAUUUUUUCCGAAUUUUGCAGAAAAAUGUCCGCCCGGUUACCAUGUAAAAAACGAAUCCUGUGCGCCAUGUACUCGUGGUACGUAUAUUGUAAAUUCAGAAGAUAUAGACUGUAUUAAAUGCCCACACGGACAAACCACAUUGUCUGAUGGUGCUGCAGGUGAACAUAUGUGUGUAGCUCAAUGUCCUCCAGGAUUUUUUUCUGCAAGGAGCGGGUUGGCACCUUGUAUUGCCUGUCCCAAAGGACAGUAUCAACCAGACUUUGGUCAGGAACAAUGUAUUCUAUGCGAUCAGGGUUUGACAACUGCCGAUUUAGCCACAGUGAAUGUUAAUGGGUGCAAAUGUGAGUUUUAAAUGUUAAAUUAUAUACCGAAAAAUAACCAAGAAUUUUUAACGGCUUUUUUACUUUACCAGCAUUUUUGUUGAAAGCUUACUUUUAGCUAUUUGCAACCCAGGACAUUACAGCUCCAAUGGUGUACAGCCUUGUGAAGCUUGUCCUCGAGGACUGUAUAACAAUAUUUCCGGCGCCACAAGUUGUCAAAGGUGCCCUGAUAAUCAAUCAACUGAUUUUGAAGGCGCUUCGUCAAAAAAUGAUUGCCAUGGUACGUUUACAAGCCUUCCACUUAAAUAAUUGAAAAUUUUCUUUAUACACGAAUUUAAUUCAUUAAUUGAUCCAACAGUCGAUUUUAGAAACCGACUGCGCUUCGACCGGCUGUAAAAAUCAUGGCGACUGUUACAACGGUCGUUGCAAUUGUGAUCUAGGGUUUACCGGUAUUCAGUGCGACAUAGCUUUGAAUUUGUGUCAUGCCGAUUUCUGUUUAAACGGCGGAAGCUGUAAAUUCAACGAAAAUGAUGGCUCUACUUGUUCUUGCAUUCAAGGCAGUUUUACUGGCCGAAGAUGUGAUAAGAAUUUAAAUAUUUCAAAUAACAGAUUCCGAAGAAAAACAACUAAUUGGAGAUCUGCCAGCAGAAGCUGGCAUCAAUCUUCAUCUUGGUACAAUACUAGUGUUGUUGGUGUCCGUAAGUUAAUUUUCCUACAUUUUUUAAGAGUUCAAAGAAGUUUUAUCAUUAAUAACGUGAAUUUAAAUAUUUUUUAUUAAAAUGUCACUUAUGUUUUACACUAAACAUAACACCUUUUCAUUUAAAUAAGCUAAACCUCUUAAAUUUAGAAGAAAGGACAACUUCGUCAAUUCGUUUUGCUCCAACCAAACCAAAUAACUUGCUAA